UGGAAAGAGAACGAGCUAUAAAAAUCUACGCGCCUUCCCAUCGCGCGGUCAGGCGUUCCGUGGGGCCGAGAAUUUCGAUCUGGUUGAAAACGCGCCAAUUCUCCUUGGUCGCCGGCUUGCUUAAACCUAAAUUAUCUGCCACAGCAAUGUAGCUAUCGGCGAGAUUCAGAGUUUGCGGAUAUGGUUCCCGGCCAAGGACUUUGGUACCUACUCGCUCUAGGGUUCCUGCUUUCCUUCACAAUUCCCAUUGCUUACGGGGAAUCGUCUACCUGUCUGACUGUAUACAAGAAAGGCGGUGCUCCGGCGGUUUUCCAAUCCCCGAAAUGUCCCCGCUGGAAUCUCUUCGAUUACGGUUCCCGUUCCCAAACCCCGGCGCGUUGUCAGUAUGCGAUGCUCCAGGGACGAAGAAAAUCUCAGGAAGACCGCACGCUCUGCGUCCUUGACAUUCGCAUUCCCUUCCCUGGAAAAAUGGGAAUUAAGGAGGUUAUGGUUGGAAUUGUAGCAGUUUUUGAUGGUCAUAAUGGUGCAGAAGCCAGUGAGAUGGCGUCCAAACUUUUGGCGGAGUAUUUUGUGCUGCAUACCUAUUUUCUUUUGGAUGCUACGUAUUCAUUUCUAUUGAAGACAUCGUCAGGAAGACUGCCUCAUAAGAGAGAUUGUGACGAAGCAAGACAUCUACAAAGGUGGGAAGAGAUACUUGGCUGGGACGAACUGCAUUUUGGAAGGUUCAAGAAUAAAUUUUCAGCAAAUUUAGACGAUUCUUUUCACUUAGAAAUUUUGAAGGAAGCGCUGUUGAGAGCAAUCCAUGAUAUUGACGCAAAAUUUUCUGAGGAAGCAUCUAGAAGUAAUCUUGAUUCAGGUUCUACAGCUACCACUAUAUUAAUUGCAGAUGAUAAAAUUUUGGUUGCCAAUAUUGGAGACUCUAAGGCCUUCUUGUGUUCUGAGAAGUUUCAUUCUCCCAGAGAUGCUAAAGCAUCGUUAUUAAAGUUAUACAGGCAGAAGGAGGGUGAUAGUUAUGUUUCCCAUGUCUGGGAUCGUGAAAAGUAUAAAUUAGCUUCCUUAUUCGGAUUCACUCACUUUGCAGCUAAGGAAUUAACCAGUGACCAUCACCCAGACAGAGAAGAUGAAAAAAUUCGGGUGGAAAAAGCUGGUGGUCAAGUUAUAGAUUGGGGAGGUGUGCCUCGCAUAAACGGUCAGCUAGCUAUUACACGGGCUAUUGGAGAUGUGUCCUUCAAAAGUUAUGGUGUCAUAUCUGCACCAGAGGUGACAGAUUGGCAGCCUCUGACUGCCAAUGAUAGCUAUUUGGUGGCCGCAUCUGAUGGUGUUUUCGAGAAGAUGAGUUUGCAGGAUGUAUGUGAUAUGUUGUGGGAAGUCCACAGUUAUGAUAACUCGAGAUCUGAGCUUUCCCCUUCAUGCUCCUAUUCACUGGCAGAUUGUAUUGUCAACACUGCCCUGAAAAAGGGAAGUAUGGAUAAUGUGGCAGCAGUUGUGGUUCCUCUGGAAUCUGCUAUUUUUUCUGAUAAUUCGUUUGGGAGAAGCUCUACUGAAAAGAGGGAAGUAGAUAGCCCGCUACUUGGACUGCAGGAAUUUGCCCCCAGAAGCUCCGAUAAUGGCAUUACGUCGGAUCUAAUGCGACUGGAGCAUCUGCGUCCAGUGGAUACUGGGUUUGAGCGUAUAUUGGCGGAAGUGAAAUAUGGUGAUGAUGCAUGUUUUUAUUUAUCUGAAAAUCUGGAUGAAGCCAUGGACUAUAAGCAGCCUUCCACAAAGACCAACUGGUUAAACUAUUUAUAUGAACUGCCAGAGCCUUUGCCAGAUGCUCUUCAUCAACGUUCUGGUGGUCCUGUAAAUUUGUACGACGACCAAAAUUUUUGCUUUCACCUUGGCAUGGCUGUCAAUGGAGUUAAUGAGCAGUGCAUAAAUCCUGAAUUCUUUGCGAGUUUUAUUGGUCUGCUUGAAUCUAUUCCUUUACAUGAUACUGGUUCAAAUAAUGGGUCUUUCAACUCUUCAACGCCUGAUACGAGGUAUGUUUUGAAAAAGAGGUUUGGCCGUGGAUCAUAUGGCGAAGUGUGGUUGGCCUUUCAUUGGAACUGUCAAGUUGGCAAUGAUCCAAAGCUGAGCAAGGAUAACAAUUUCUCUCUUAGCUUUAUCAAUUUUGAUUCAUACAAUAGAAAUAGCAGCUCAAGUACUCAUGAUUGCCAGAACGGUCCUUCUAACCACAUGUACAUUCUGAAACGGAUAAUGGUAGAGAGAGGGGCUGCUGUUUACUUAAGUGGUCUGAGGGAGAAGUAUUUUGGAGAAGUCUUUUUAAAUGCUUCCAUGUGCUUUGAAGAUCUACUUUCGGCCGGAAACUCAAACUGUGUCUCAAAAAAAGCACAAUUCAGAUCUUAUGACCAAUUAAAAACCAAUGAUUCCAUGCUAUAUUAUAUAAGAAACUCCUGGGGCUCUGAGAAUUCGUUCACAAAAAAAUUCCAGCCGCAAAAGGCCAUCCAUGAAGAGGGUCUGAACCAUAUUGCGAGAUAUGUGGAAUCUUUUGAAUCCCGAUCAAAUGAAUUCUGGCUUGUGUUCCAUUAUGAAGGCAUAUCUUUGUCCAAACUCAUGUAUACUGUGGAAGAAGCUUAUGAUACUGCUGACAGUGAAAGAUCUGAGCAAGUGAAACAUGCUCAGAUAUUGCGUCCAUCAAAGUGGUGGCAUUGGUUGAAGACAACAGAAGAAGGGCAACAGGAAAUGCGCAAUAUUAUAUGGCAGCUGUUAGUGGCACUGAAGUCCUGUCAUGAUCGGAAUAUCACUCACCGAGAUAUUAAACCUGAGAAUAUGGUGAUAUGCUUUGAAGAUCACGAGACUGGGAGAUGCUUAAAAGAGGUUCCAAAAAUUAUCAGGACGAUCUCUACCAAAAUGCGUAUUAUUGACUUUGGCAGUGGAAUUGAUGAAUUUACGUUGAAGCACUUAUAUGGAUCUACUGGGCCAUCGCGAGCUGAACAAACUUGCGAGUAUAUGCCUCCUGAAGCUUUACUAAAUGCUACUUGGUAUCAAGGACCAACAGGCUCAACUUUGAAAUAUGACAUGUGGAGUGUUGGCGUUGUGAUGUUGGAGUUGAUCUUGGGAACGCCAAAUGUUUUCCAGAUAAGUUCUUUAACACGUACUCUUUUAGACCGACAUCUUGAGGGAUGGAAUGAAGGCAUAAAGGAGCUGGCGUACAAACUUAGAUCUUUCAUGGAAUUGUGCAUAUUAAUCCCUGGGAUUUCUGGCAGUUCCUUCAAACAGUAUCACACAGGAAACCAAGUUGGAGUCCCUCCUGCAUCAUGGAUAUGCUCCGAGGAUUUCUUUUCACGCCAAAUUAGAAGUCGGGAUCCUCUUAAAUUAGGGUUUUCAAACAUCUGGGCUCUACGGUUAGUGCGUCAUCUAUUGCUCUGGGACCCAGAAGAUCGACCGAGCGUUGACGAGGCUCUGCGGCACCCCUAUUUUCAACCUCCCCCAAGUGGCUGAGGGAGGCUAUGGCAAGUCACGAUCGAAUUAUUCAAUUCUGGGUGCCAAAAUCAUUUUUCAAAUUGUCAUCGAGAAGCUUUGUUGCUCAAACGAAGCAAAUAGUCCUGUGUAUAUGGAGGAAAAAUCGCCGGCCAAAAAAAAAAUUAUGGAGGAAAAAUCAGUGUAUACAGGGGAAAAUAUCAGGAUCAUGCCACUGUAUAUUGUAUUAUGGUAUAUAGACGAAAACUGAUGUUUUGGUGUGCUCGUCGCACCCUUUAUAUAUAUUUUUUCCUUGAGCAUGAGGUGAGGAUGUGACCAAGUGCUCUAAUGCCCCGGAUGGUAGAAUGGCAGUGUUUUUGAAGGAAGUGAAAGUGGACUCCCAGAA